ACACACACACACACAGUUCAAUGUUUAUUAGAAAGACUUCUCUGUUUUCUUUCCAGAGGGUUAAAGUGUAAACGUGUAUCUGAUGUGACCGGAGGCUGUUUGCUGAUCGAACCGAACGUGGUUCAGGAGGAGGUGAAGAUGGAGCCGCUGAGGAGCAACGUCUCCUCCUCCCACCAGUUUUUCAUUCUGGACGGUUUCCAUGAACUCGGAGCUCUGAGGCCUCUCCUCUUCAUCCCGUUCUCCAUCAUGUUUGUUGUCUCCCUGUUGUCCAACUGUCUCCUGCUGUACGUCAUCGUGUCCCAGAGAAGUCUCCACUCGCCCAUGUACGUCCUCAUCGGCAGCAUGGCGUGCAUCGACCUGAGUCUCCCGCUCUUCUUCGUGCCCAACAUGCUGCUGAGUUUCCUGUUUGUGGAGGGGAUCUCUCUGACCGGAUGUCUGCUCCAGAUGUACUUAGUUCACUUAUUAGGAGCGUUCCAGUCCACUCUGCUGCUGUGGAUGGCUCUGGACCGCUACUUCGCCAUCUGCACGCCUCUCUACUACCACCAACGCAUGUCUGCACCACGGUUCCUGAAGUUCGUGGUUCCCCUCGUGAUCAGGAACGUGCUGACUGUCUCUGUGGUGGUGGUUCUGGCUGGAAAGCUGCCGUUCUGUUUCAGUAAUGUGAUCGACCACUGUUUCUGUGAACACAUGGCGCUGGUGGAACUGGCCUGUGGAAGCAUCACUGUCAAUAACCUGGUGGGGCUGAUCUCAGUCUUCCUGGUCCCGGUGCUCGAUUUCUUCCUCAUCACCGCCUCCUACAUCAUCAUAUUCAGCUCGGUUCUGACAUCAGGGAGAUCAGGGGGCAAAGCUCUUCAGACCUGUGUCACCCACAUCGUGGUAAUGGUUGUGUCUCUGGUCAUCGUACUCACAGCUUUCCUGUCCUACCGGGUCAGAGACAGCCUCUCCUCAGCUCUCAGGGUUUUCUUCAGCAUCUUGUAUCUGUUCUUUCCGAGUUGUUUCAACCCGAUUAUCUACGGCGUGAGAACUGCUGAGAUCCGACAACACGUCCUGAAGAUGCUCAAGUGUCGUUAG